UUUUCUUUCAUCCAACUCUCAAGUCUCAAGCAGCCAGCCUGAAGCCGCCGAGAGUUCAAGAUCAUCAGAACAAGAAGAAGAUGUCGAUCAGUGAAAUCGCCUGCACUUAUGCUGCUCUUAUUCUCUUCGACGAUGGCAUCCCCAUCACGGCUGAGAAAAUCGCCACACUCGUCAAGGCCGCCAAUGUUUCAGUUGAAUCAUACUGGCCAAGCCUUUUCGCUAAGCUUGCUGAGAAAAGAAACAUCGAAGAUCUCAUCAUGAAUGUUGGAUCCGGUGGAGGAGGUGCUGCUCCCGUUGCUGUUGCUGCUUCAGGUGGUGGUGCAGCUGCCGCUGCUGCCCCUGCCAAGGAAGAAAAGAAGGCUGAAGUUAAGGAAGAGAGUGAUGAAGAAGAAUUUGGAUUUGACAUGUUCGGUGAUGAAUAGGAGAUUUAUUAAUAUUUAUCAGUAUUGUAUUUUCAAUUUUGGUACAAGAGAUUCUCUUUUCUGUUUCUAUUGAAUCCUUUUUUUUCUAGAACUGCAAACAGUUUUAUGGAUCACCAGUUAAUUUC